UUGAAAUCCAAGUGUGUAAAACAGCAAGGUGAGGCCACAAAAAGAGAGAGAGAGAGAGAGAGAGAGAGAGAGAGAGAGAUUUUUCAGAUUUUGUUGCAGUGUCCAAUCAUUCGGUUUUUUUUCUUAAUUCCCCCCCUUUUUUUCUUUAAUUCCCAGCUUCUCUGAAUCUCUUUCUGUCUUUCAAGCUGAAAAUAAAAGGCAAAAAAAUCUGUUCUUUUUGAAAGCCAGGUGAUUCAGAAUAGAGAUCCAGGUUUGGGUUUUUCUUUUAAAUUAUAGUUUUAAUCUCUACUUUGAUCAGCUAAGAGGGUUUAUUUUGGGUCCCUCAAAGUUGGGUUUUGCCUGUUCUUUGGUUUUGAUUAAGAAACAGGUCCGUUUUUUUUGGAUAUGGCAGCUGUUAUAGAUAUGUAUAAUAGUAGCAGAAACUCAGUUUUUUAUGAUCCUUUAAGAGAAGAGUUAAUGAAAGCACUUGAACCUUUUAUGAAAAGUGCUUCUUCUUCUUCUUCUCCCUUACAGCCCAAUUUGUACCCUGAAUAUUGCUCCCCAUUGAACAGUAGUACCCACUUGUUUUCAAACCAUGGGUUCUCUAACUAUAACAAGAACAUGUUGGGUUUUGAGCAAACAGGUAGUUCACUUGGGCUUAACCAACUCACCCCUUCUCAAAUCCUUCAAAUUCAAUCCCAAAUAUUACAUCAACAACAACAGCAACAGGUUGCUUCCAUGGCGGCUGUUGCAACACCACCACCAACAACCUUUGAGAACCCAAGGGUGGGCUUUCUUUCACCAAAGCCUGUUCCUAUGAAACAUGUCUCUUCCACCCCACCAAAAGCUGCGAAGCUUUAUAGGGGUGUGAGACAGAGGCAUUGGGGCAAAUGGGUGGCUGAAAUUAGACUCCCUAAGAACCGAACACGACUUUGGCUUGGCACUUUCGACACAGCUGAAGAAGCAGCCUUGGCUUACGACAAGGCUGCUUACAAGCUUAGAGGAGAGUUCGCUAGGCUGAAUUUUCCCCACCUUAAGCACCAAGGAGCUCAUGUUUUUGGCGAGUUUGGUGACUACAAACCCCUCCAUGCCUCGGUUGAUGCUAAGCUCCAGGCUAUCUGUCAAAGCUUACAAGCACAAGGCAAUCCAGUGAAGACGAAGACCCUCCCCAAGGCCGCGGAGUUUCAUUACCCCAUCAAAACCGAGGAGUUCGAUCAUAAACAAGACAACUCAUCAUCAUCAUCAUCAUCAGUUGAUGAAUCAUCAUUAGCAGGAUCAUUAUCUUCACCAGAAUCUGAUAUCACUUUCUUUGAUUUCUCUGAUUCCAAAUGGGAAGACAAUGAAAUUGAAAACUUCAAUUUAGAUAAGUUCCCAUCACUGGAAAUCGAUUGGGAAGCCAUUUGAGUCCCUAAAAACACAAAUAUCAUGUAAUUUUCUUGUAUUUUCUUAGGUCUAAGCAUCUUUUACCUUUGUCAUGUAGGCUUUUUUUUUUUCUUUCCUUAGUGUCUCUAGUGGUCUGUCUACAAUGGGAUUUUUGACAUUUGUAGAAGAUCAAUGGAGGUUUUUAAAUUAGGGGUAUCAGUUUAGAAUUUGUAUCAUGUUAAAAAAUAUAUAUGUUGUAAGCGCAAGAGGUAUCUCCUUUCUAAAGACACUGGUCUUGCUGGUACUGUUUUUUAAUUAUCCUAGCAAUGGCCGUUGGAGUGCUUCAACUGUUUAUGUUUGGUUCCAUUAUUGUUAAAAGAAAAACUAGUAAAUAUUCCUACAA